GUGCUCUCUCAUCUCACUCCCAGUUUCGUUCUACGGCGUUUUGUUGAAGUCUACUCUACUCACCGCAUCAGCCAUGGCCGCCACGAGAAUGGUUGCCUCCGUCGCGGAACGCGCCGUCGCUUCGCAGGGACUCACCGGCCCCUCGCCGCGGCAAUCGUCGCAGCGGGCGUCCGUGGCCGGCGCUCGCAGCGCGUCGCUCUCCUUCUCCCGCUCGUGCGGCCUCACUCAGAGCUCCCGCGCUCUCCUGCCGGUGGCUCGCGAGGCGGGGCAGCGGCGGACGGCGGGGGGCGCAGUGCGCGUGGUGGCGCAGGAGCUGCGCACGGAGCAGAAGGUGAACAUCACGCUGGGGCCGUACACCAACAAGGCCAUCAAGGCCACCGCGCCCCGCCCCAAGGUGUCUCAAGAGGCUGUUGACAAGGCGCUGAAGGCGAAGCUGGACAAGACGCACGAGUUCGAGCGCACCAACUUCACGGGCUCGGGCGCCAAGCUCGGCCACACGGUGAAGAUCAACUUCGAGGGCAAGUACGCGGACGGGCCGCAGGCGGGGCAGCUGGUGAAGGGCACCAAGGCGGCGGGGUACGAGCUUCACCUGGCGGCGCGCGACGACGAGCCGUGGAAGACGUUCGUCGAGCAGAUCGUGAAACAGGGCAUGGGGCAGGAGGAGAGCAAGACGUUCGUGCUCACCUUCCCAGCAGACUACAAGGCCAAGGCUCUCGCUGGCGUCAAGGCGCAGUUCACAGUGACGGUGAAGGAGAUCGGCAUCAAGAAGGAGAUCGAGAAGGACCCCCGCCCCGUCGACCUGCAGCGGGCGGAGAUAGAGCAGCAGCUGGCGGCAGUGGAGGAGCGUAAGAGCAACGAUGUGCUGGACGCGCAGAUCAAAGCCGCACUCAUGGCCUCGUCCGACGCCGACGUUGAGAAGGUGGCAGCCAGUGUGACGUGGGCCAAGUUCGGCGAGCGCUCCCUGCAGGACUUCAAGUGGAACGUGGUGCAGGAGGAGGUGUCGCGGUUGGAGGGCAUCCCCUUUGACCAGGUUCCUGCUUUCCUUAGGAGCCAGGCGGAUGUCACUUACACUGACUAGGACUACUACACUGCCGCUGAAAUUAGGGCUAAUAGUAAGUACUAUGUGUGUGUUAUGGAUAGUCUCAAGUAGCCCAACAUGCUGUACAUGAUUGCGCUUCUUAGUGCUAUUUACUAUAAUACGUGCCCUCCUACAGCACUUCAAUGGGCGGCCUGUUAUGCUAAGGGCGUGUCC